AUGAUUUAUCUACAAUUUUUUCCUAUUAUCUUUAUUAAUUUUUUUUUUCGAAAUUUUUUAAUAAGUUACUAUUUUUUUGUAAAUUUUAAUAAUAAUGGGAUUCAUUGCUUAUAUAGACAAAGCCUCACCAAUGUGAAUAACAACAUCUCACAAAAAAAAUUAUUAAAGAAUAAUCAUGUUUUUCAUUUUAUACAAAAGAACAAAUUAGUUGGUGGGUGCAGACGAAAAAAGAAUUCUUUUUUGUUUUUUCUGAAUUUAAAAAAAAAAAAAUUACCUCAUCUUUUAUGUUUUCAUAGCGAGGAUUGUGAAUAUUGCAGAAGCAUGGAGAAGUUAUUAACAAAGCUGAAAGAAGAAGAAGAUGUAAACUUGUUAAAAUUAGAAAUGUAUGAAAAUUCGUACAAUUUUGAAUUAUUACAGCAGUUAGACUACAACAAUUUAUGUGGGGGAUUGCCUUAUUAUUACAAUUUAAAAACUCACUACAACAUUUGCGGAGCUACAACCUACCACAAUUUGAGAAACUGGGCACUGGACAGAAAAUGCAACCCCAACGAACCGCCAAAUGAAGAAAUUUAA